UCAUCAUCAUCAUCGUUUUCUUCGUUGCCAGAUGACGUUGCAUUGAAGUGCUUAUUCCGCGUUCCGAGAUGCUACGACCUAAACCUCUCUUUGGUCUCCAAAACCCUAAGGUCGCUCAUGCGCUCGCCAGAACUCUCCAGCUUCUUAAGUCCGUCUAUCUCUCUUAUGAUUUCUAUCAUAGCAUACUGAGACGGCCCACUAGCUACUGGAUCACUUUCUGUCCGGGUGAGAAGACCACUGACUAUCAGUUGGAGAAGAAACCUCUGUCGUUGGCGGAUGUCCCGAGGCCUUGUCUUGGUUAUGCAGUCUCUGUGGGAUCAGAGAUCUAUUUCAUUGGUGGAAGAAGCUUCCCCUCCACGGAGCUUUGGAUCCUUGAUACUCGAUCUGAUCGUUUACGUACGGCUCCAAGCAUGAAAGUGGGUCGGUCCGCGGAGUAUAAAGUAGCAGUGGGAGUGGUCGAGGGGGAGAUAUACGACGUAAUUGGAGGAACUGAUGAAGAUAGCCAGGUGGAAGUGUUUGAUCCAGAGACGCAAACGUGGGAGUUUGCAGACGAUGAGAAAGUGAAAUGUGAAUGGGAGUUUAGCGUGUCUAUGAAGCAAAAGGUUUAUAUGGUGGGCCUGGGUGGGAGAGUCAGCACGUAUAGUCCGAGAGAAGGUAUAAACAGUGAAACGACGGAGGUGCUAGGUUAUGUGAACUUCUUGUGUGUGGUAAAGAAUGUGCUCUAUGCUUGUUUUGAGUGUAGUGGGUUAAUGUGGUUUAACACAAAAGCUCAAGGUUUGGACCAGAGUGGUUGAUCGUGAUGGAAAUGAUGGGAAGUUAGAACUUUAUUCAUCUACUGCUGAAAAAAUGGAGGAAUACGAGGGAAUGAUUGCGUUUUUUUGGCCACUACCUAAUAUUGAUCGAACGAAGAAUGAUCUUAUCUGUAAACUGAUCGCAUUGGAUAGGCUAGGAGAAAAUAUUCGUGGGAGGAUUGAGUGGUCUGGUAUUGCGGCCACAUUGCCGCAUAACAUUCUUUUGAAGGAUUGUUUAGUUGUUGCCGGUUGAUGGGCUUAUUAUAUGAUUUAACGUGCUAUACUAUUAAGUCACAAGUUGUUAUGUGAAAUGCAUAAAG